AUGAUUAUCAAACAUAAAAGGAAGUUGACUAACAGAAAGAUCGCAAAAGACAGAAAAGAAAUUCCAACAAACAAAAUAAAUUUCAAAACAUCCUUUCCACAAGAUAUCAAUGAACCUUGCUCACAAUUCCGUCUAAGAAGAAAUUCAAGAUUAUUUCACAGUUCAACUCACUCUCGAUGUUAUCAAACAAGCAAGUCGAAUCAUCAUCAGCUGAAAUUGACGAUGAAAAAUGCUCAUAUGACGUAA